AUGAACCACGAGCCGGACCCGAAGUGCGCCAACGACUUCGGAGGAGCUCGGGGUGCCAAGCAUACUGGUGGUCAACUGGAGCACUGGGUAGUGUCCCACGUUCAAAAAGUGAUCCCUGAUUCAGUCAAGACCUGGUGGACCGAAUACAGAGCCGCACUCAGCAAGGCCGAAACCGAGCAGCUGGGAAACAACGACAUCAGCGAUGCUGUUGAGAAGGCAACAUGGGGAGUCGAGGAAGCUCAGCGCGCCAACAAAGCGGAAGCCAGCUUGGGAACUCAGUUGGCUUUGGCAUAUGCAAUCCACAAAAGUUUCAUCUUCCUCAGAGUGCCUUUGACCGCCGCGGUUACGCCAAAGGUUGUCAAGGUGCUCAGAUCAUGGGGAUGGCAGAUCGGCAAACGGCGGAGCAAAUAA